AUGCUCGUCAGAAAUACUUUCACCUGGAACUCAAUUGUGAGCACGUUAUUGAAGUUGGGUUUCCUUGAUGAGGGUGUGCGGUUAUUUGAGGCUAUUCCUCAGCCAGAUCAGUGCUCAUGGAAUAUAAUGGUUGCUGGUUUUGCACAACAUGAUGAGCUCCAACAAGCUCUGGGUUAUUUUGCUGGGAUGCAUAGGGAAACUUUCGUGGUUAAUGAAUAUUCUUUCGGCAGUGGUCUAAGUGCUUGUGCAGGUCUGAAGGACCUUAAAAUGGGUACCCAACUUCAUGCUUUGGUCUUCAAAUGUCACUACUAUGUUGAUGUAUAUAUGGGUUCCGCUCUGGUUGAUAUGUAUUCUAAAUGUGGUGUUGUUGAUUGUGCUCUGAAGGUUUUUGAUGAGAUGAAGGAAAGAAACAUUGUUUCUUGGAAUAGCUUGAUCACUUGUUAUGAGCAAAAUGGUCCAUCAAGGAAAGCUUUAGAUGUGUUUGUUAGAAUGAUGGAGAGUUCCUUCGAACCAGAUGAAGUUACUCUGGCUAGUGUUGUUAGUGCGUGUGCAACCUUGGCGGCAUUGAAGCAUGGUAUGGAGAUGCACACUCGUGUAGUGAAAUCUUAUAAAUUGCGAGGUGACCUUAUUCUAGGAAAUGCAUUGGUGGAUAUGUAUGCAAAAUGUGGCUAUACUCAGAAUGAUGAGAAUGAGGAGGCGCUCAAACUCUUUUGUAUGCUGAAACGGGAAUCUAUUUUCCCAACUCACUACACCUUUGGUAAUUUACUGAAUGCUUGUGCCAAUCUCGCUGAUUUGCAGGUUGGCCGGCAGGCCCAUGCUCAUGCUUUGAAGCAUGGAUUUGGGUUUCAAUUUAAUGAAGAUCCAGAUACUUUUGUCGGGAACUCACUCAUAGACAUGUACAUGAAAUGUGCAUCGGUUGAAGAAGGUCGUCAGGUUUUCAGAAGCAUGGUUGAAAAGGAUGUUGUAUCGUGGAAUGCUAUGAUUGUAGGGUGUGCACAGAAUGGGAAUGGGCUAGAGGCUCUUGCUUUAUUUAAAGAAAUGCUUGUGUUUGAAGAGAAACCAGAUCAUGUCACUAUGAUCGGUGUCUUGUGUGCUUGCAGUCAUGUAGGACUUGUUGAGGAGGGACGUCGCUACUUUCUCUCCAUGACAAGGGACUAUGGGUUGGUUCCCAUGAAGGACCAUUACACAUGUAUGGUAGACUUACUUGGUCGAGCAAGUCACCUAGAUGAAGCCAAGAGUUCGAUAGGGACAAUGCCUGUAGAGCCCGAUGCAGUUGUAUGGGGUUCUUUGCUUGGUGCAUGUAAAAUGAAGCUAGCUGGAUAUAUUCCAUCAAUGGUUUAA